CAAAGCAGCAGCGGGUCAGGAAUAGAUAAUACGAUGACGCCCAAGUUUCUCAUCUACCUGACGUUGGUGGCCAUGUUAGUGGUCUUCUCCGCGCCUGCAGCCGAGGGCACUUUCAUACUAUUGGCGUGCCUGGCAAGGUCACCACUUUGUCCCUUCCACACCACGACUCCAGUAUGUCCUGGUACCGGUAGCACCUACAGUCCGAUAACUCGCGAAUGUGCUUAAGUUGCAUUCAAAAUAUCUAGAGAUAUUUCCACUUAGAUGUUUCCUCGACAGACUAUAAUUAUGAAUUGUAUUCGAGCUGAAGUUCGAAAUAAAUAUUAAAUAUCGCAUUGCAA